UAGUAUGGAUGAAACAACAAGUCUGCAGACUCCAUCCAUAGAAAUACAAUCUUCACCAUCAAUAACAAGUACCUCUACAUCUUCACCAGUGUCAACUACAGAGGAACAGAUUACACCAGAAUUCACUGCAUUCACAACAGAAUUAUCUUUGACUAGUUUUGAACAAACAACAAGUCUGCAGACUCCAAAAACAGAAAUACAAUCUUCCCCAUCAAUAACAGGUACCUCUCCAUCUUCAUUAUUUUCAACCACAGAUGAACGAAGUACACUAGAAUUCACUGCAUCCACUAAAGAAAUAUCUUCAACUGGUGUUGAUGAAACGGCCAGCCUGCAGACUCCAACCACACAAUUGUCAACCACAGAAGGACAGAGUAUAUCAGAAAUCACUACAACCACAACAGUGAUAUCUUUAACUAGUGUGGAAGAAACAACAAGUCUGCAGACUCCAUCCACAGAAAUACAAUCUUCCCCAUCAAUAACAGGUACCUCUCCAUCUUCAUUAUUAUCAACCAUAGAUGAACGAAGUACACUAGAAUUCACUGCAUCCACUAAAGAAAUAUCUUCAACUGGUGUUGAUGAAACGGCCAGCCUGCAGACUCCAACCACACAAUUGUCAACCACAGAAGGACAGAGUACACCAGAACUCACUGGAUCUACAACAGAAAUAUCUUCAACUAAGGUAGAGGAAACAUCAAGCACUCUUUCUAUUUUAACCAGAGAAAUACAAUCUUCACCGUCAAUAACAGGUAGCUCUCCAUCUUCAACAUCAUCUACCAAAGAAGUACAAAUCACAUCAGAACUCACUGGAUCCACAACAGAUAUAUCUUCAACUAGUAUAGAGAAAACAACAAGCCUGCAGACUCCGUUCACAGAUUCACAAUCUUCAUCAUCAAUAACUAGUACAUCUCCAUUUAAAUUAUUGUCAACCACAGAAGGACAGAGUACAUCAGAAAUCACUACAACCACAACAGUGAUAUCUUUAACUAGUGUGGAUGAAACAACAAGUCUGCAGACUCCAUCCAUAGAAAUACAAUCUUCACCAUCAAGAACAGGUACCUCUCCAUCUUCAUUAUUUUCAACCACAGAUGAACAAAGUACACUAGAAUUCACUGCAUCCACUAAAGAAAUAUCUUCAACUGGUGUUGAUGAAACGUCCAGCCGGAAGACUCCAACCACACAAAUGUCAACCACAGAAGGACAGAGUACACCAGAACUCACUACAUCCACAACAGUGAUAUCUUUAACUAGUGUGGAAGAAACAACAAGUCUGCAGACUCCAUCCACAGAAAUACAAUCUUCACCAUCAAUAACAGGUAGCUCUCCAUCUUCAACAUCAUCUACCAAAGAAGUACAAAUCACACCAGAACUCACUGGAUCCACAACAGAAAUAUCUUCAACUAGUAUAGAGAAAACAACAAGCCUGCAGACUCCGUUCACAGAUUCACAAUCUUCAUCAUCAACAACUAGUACCUCUCCAUUUAAAUUAUUGUCAACCAUAGAAGGACAGAGUACAUCAGAAAUCACUACAAACACAACAGUGAUAUCUUUAACUAGUGUGGAAGAAACAACAAGUCUGCAGACUCCAUCCACAGAAAUACAAUCUUCACCAUCAAGAACAGGUAGCUCUCCAUCUUCAACAUCAUCUACCAAAGAAGGACAAAUCACAGCUGAAUUCACUGCAUCCACUAAAGAAAUAUCUUCAACUAGUUUGGAAAAUACAACAAGGUUGCAGACUCCAUCCACUGAAAUACAAUUUUCACCAUCAAUAACUGGUACCUCUCCAUCUUCAUUCAUUCUUACCACACCUAUUAGCAUGACAAAAUUAGAGUCACCUACAUCUAAAAAUGUAACACCAUUGACAAAUCCAAUAUUAACCACAGUUAGGCCUGCCUCUCCAGCUUCACCAUCUUUUACCACAGAAGGAAAGAGUACAUCAGAAUUUAUUUCAUCCACAACAGAAUUAUUCCCAACAAGUGUAGAAGAAACAAAAAGCCUGCCGACACAAACUAUUCGUUCUACUCCGAUUACGGAAACACAGUAUACAUUGCCAACUCAAUCGCCUUUAACAACAACUACAACACCCAUCAGCACAACUAAAUUAGAAACUACAACUGAAAAUGGGUCAACACUCCCAAAUACACUAAUAUCUACAGUUAAAUCUCCAUCUUUCCCAUUUUCUACCAAAGAAGGACAGACUGCUUCAGCAUUCACCACAUCCAUCCAACCUUCAAGUACUUCAGAACAAACAAGAAGCCAGCAAACACAAACCACUCUUUCUACUGCAACCACAGAAAAACUUUCAACACAGUCAACAUUUUUUACAACACUGGCAACCAUCAGCAUAAUGUCAUCUGAAUCUGCAGCCCCAACCACUACAACUUCAUUUAAUCAAGCAUCAAUUCAAACACCAACCCAAACUGUUUCAGCUCAAACAUUCAACAUUUCUACACCCUUGACAAUUUCAAGCCCCAUAUCUGCUAGUACUGAGACUACUUUACCCCAUUCCACCAAACCACAAACUUCAUCAUCAACAUCUGAACUUCCUUCAUCAGCAACAAUUUUCACUUCAAUUUCAACAACUCAUAAUUGUAACCAAUGUCAGUGCAGUGGGUCUCCAUGUGUCUUCAAUGAAACAUCAGGGAAAUGUCAAUGCCAGUGCAAACCUUUCACUUUUGGGGAUUCGUGCAAUUUUGCAUCUAGUUCCUCCUCUGUCAGCUUGUCUGGAAGCAUACCCACAAGGAAGGCAAAUAUCUCUCUUAGAAUUAUGAUGGACUAUAUUUCUGACUACGACAAUUUGAAAUCUCCAAAUUCCCAAAAACUAAUUGCUAUCUUAAGACAUGAGCUUUACAUCCUCUGCAAGAGAGCAGAUGCACAAAACUUCAAAGAUGUACAUAUCCUCAGGCUAAAGCCAGGAAGCGUCAUUGCUGACAGUAUUGCAGAAUAUAACUAUCCAAACAACAACUCCCAAAUUCACUUUCUAAACCAAGAUUUGGGAACUACACUGGAAAAUAUCUUUAAUGACUCACAUUCACUAAAUCUUGGCACAGCUUUCGGCAAUGCUUCCAUUCAGUAUACAGUCAUUGCCAUGCAGAGAGUCGAAAUAGCAAAUAUUUCAGAUCUUCAAACAUUUGUGCACUGCAGUGUGGAUUUUGCCAAUUUCACAGUUGAAAUUGAAAAUGGAUCAUGGAUAUGUGCAGGGCCAUGCAAAAAAAUACCCAAAUACUGCAAUCAACAUGGACAAUGCCUCAAUGAGAAGAGUGCAACAGUCUGCCAGUGUGACCGUUCUUACUUUGAGGAGUUCUAUGGAUCACGGUGUGAGCUGUACCGCAGAGGGGCUGGCUUCUACGCCAUUCUGUUUGGGAGUUUAGCAGCCUUUGUUCUCCUUCUCAUUGUUUUGGCUGUGAUGAUUGUGGUGCUAUACAGAGGCAAGAGGAUGUCAAGCAUACGGAAGAUAUCACUGUUUGAUGAUUACUUUGAAUUUACACCAAGAGGAUUCAAUAACAAAUAUGUUCUGCACCGAGAUUUUCCCGUAGCAGAAGACUCGACACCUAGAUAUUAUAAGAACUCACUUGUAAGGGUUUUUGAGCACUUGUCAGCGAGCCAAGCAGUGAGACCAGCUAAACCAGCAACACAAAACCAGCAACACAAAACAUAGCAAUAUCUGAAUUAACUGUCAAAAUGAAAAGGGCUACAAAGAUAACUUCAUUACUGAGACUGAGAUUCAUUACUGCAUUUGUGGUAAUUAGUUAGCUUGUUUGUUUGAUUUAAUCACCAUUUUCCCAUCCUAUUUUGGACCUCCCUGCUGCAGGGAAAGACCAGAGCAACAUGAACUGUGGAUGUCUCAUGAACAGAGAUGAUUUCUUUAUAAUAUGUUUAGGAAAAUGUGGACACCAAAAGUUCAGGGAGUCAACAGAUUACAUGCAUUAUUGAGUCUGAUUUGGCAUUAUUCAGAGUCUAUCAUGUAAACCUUGUGGUGCAUUACAUGACUCAAAUCUAAACUGUUUAAAUUGUAGAAAUGUAUUUAAGAUGUAUUUUUAAUGUUAAAAGUUACAAGUGAUUGAUGAUACUUCUGUAAUAUUUGUAUUUGUUGGCAAAGAUAUAGUAUUUGUUUUAAAAGUGUGUUUGUGUGCACUAUGUUCUGAUUUACAUACAAACUUUACAAAUAAAAACCUUAAAACUUAAAUUGGCACUGUCUAC